AUGUCGAAUCUCGAGCCCUUCUCCUCUUCCAUAGCCCCUCGACGCAGAACGUCUCUCCUAAUUCAAAGCCGACCCAAAACCGCAUAUGACAACCUGGCGGAACGGGAGGGAGGAUUCUCCCGAAGACCGAUCUCGCGGAUGUCUCUCAUGGCGACGAGCGCCCAUGAUGUACUGGACUGGGCCUCUUUCAAUCGAAACCAAGAAGAGGCGGGAGGAGGCAACACCACUCCCGAAUUCACCAACCCGUUUUCCAACUCCCCUAUGGACCUCCAACCAAGAGAUCCCUUGCACCAGCGGCGAUAUUCAGCUUUCACCCAGUCCUUGAAACACAGCAUAUCCGAACUCCGUUCUCUCACCCGACGCAUGUCGCUGACCGUUAAGGGCAAAAAUCCGAGGCAAAAGGAGGAAUGGCCAGACCACAAACGAUCUCAGUUGUUGUCUUUCAAAUCUGGUCAAGAGAUGAUGGACUUGACUGAGGCUGUAUCAAUUAGGCCAAAGUCUCGAGGCCGUCUUCUACGAAGCACCAGCACGAGAAGGAGGCCUUCCCUGCCACUCCUCAAUUUUCAGAACACCUUUGAGCCGCCCAGAGAUAUGCCGGAGCCGGUGUCCGCGAGGAGUAGAGGCCACCCAAUCUUGUCUGAUCUGGUUUAUGGCGGAGCCGGUGCGAGGGCUGCCGCAGCUGCUCAAAAUGAGCUGGUCCACGCUUCGCGGAUGCCCCCUCUGCCGCCAUACGAACCGCGAGAAAACGAGGCGGAGAACAAAACUGAACGAGACGCGGAGAGUGGCAUUGGCAUCGUCCUUGACAACCGAACUCGACGGGGAUCUUCCCCGUCCCGUGCACAUGUUCUCUGUAGGGAUCCUGCGUCGGUUCUUGCCACGGAAUUGGUGGAGAGCAUCUUGUCAUUCCUUGAUGUUGAAUCCUUGAUCCAGGCUGCAGUAGUUUCCCAAAAGUGGCACGAUCUGUGUCAGUCUCAAGCUGUUUGGAGAACAAUCUUUUAUCGAGAAUAUGGCUCGAAAGUAGGGUCACCCAUGGGUGAGUUGCCUCUUAGUGCCGGACUCGGCAAGAAUACGCCUGGGCAAGACUUUCGAAAGCUUUUCAAAGUCCGUACUUUGAUCGACAGACGCUGGCGUAAUGGCGAAGCCGCCGCUAUCUACUUGAACGGCCACAAAGACAGUGUCUAUUGCGCACAGUUUGACGAACACAAGAUCAUUACGGGGUCCCGGGAUAAUACCAUCCGCGUGUGGGACGCACAUACGUAUCAAUGCAUCCGCAAGCUGGGACCGCCGAACAAUCCGAGGGAGAGACAACAGCUUGUAUCCGCCGCAGUCGAGCCGCAGGGAGUCCUCCCGUUUUUCAAGGCUGACGUUUCGUCACCUGACCCAAGUUCUCCCGAAAUCGCUCUCUGGCACCAAGCCUCCGUUUUGUGUCUACAAUACGACGACGACAUUCUUGUGACCGGCUCCUCCGAUUUCUCCUGCCUCGUCUGGUCCAUCAAGGACAAUUACAAGCCGCUCUUUCGGCUGAUUGGCCAUCAUGCUGGAGUUCUUGACGUCUGCAUCGACAAGCACCGUAUUGUGACAUGUUCCAAGGACACCACGAUCAAGAUCUGGGACAGAUUGACUGGUCAGCUGAUCAAAACUCUGGUCGGGCAUCGUGGGCCGGUGAAUGCAGUCCAAGUUCGAGGAAAUCUUUUGGCGAGCGCUAGCGGCGACGGCAUGUCGAAAUUGUGGCGUCUUGAAGACGGGGCAUGCAUCAAGGAAUUCCAGUCCAAGGAUCGCGGUCUUGCAUGUGUCGAAUUUUCAGAGAACGGUCGCACCAUCUUUGCCGGCGGAAAUGAUCAUGUUAUCUACGAAUACGACACCAUCACAGGCAACAGAAUUCGAGAGUUGAAGGGCCACCGAGACCUUGUGCGAUCGCUUCAUCUCGAUUCGGCCAAUUCACGCAUCAUCAGUGGCAGUUACGACCACUCGAUCAAGGUAUGGGAUGCGGGGAAAGGGGAAUCGGCCGACGACGGCGGGCUCAAGAUCAACUUCCAAGGAUGGACAUCGAGCUGGAUAUUGGCGGCCAAAAGUAAUUAUCGCAAGAUUGUAUGCACCAGCCAGGAUGGACGCGUGGUCAUUAUCGACUUUGGGUAUGGAAUUGAGGGUGUGGAUUUGGUCGAGGCAUAG